AUUUCUUCAACUGGGUUUAGUAUAAACGACAAAACCAGAUCUGCCGUUUCGUCAAAUUAGUAACUACUAACGACUUUGACAGAACUUCCAAUUAUACCCCUUCAAGUUUAAUAAAUCCCAAUCAAAACGACCAAGUUUUACAAGGGCAUUCCCGUCAUUUCACAACAUUCCUAAGUUUUGCCUCCAAAUAUUCCCAUGUCUAAAUCAGUGUACUUUUUCAGUCGGGAGUUUAUGAUUACUAAAAAAAAUUAAGUAUUUAAACCAUGAAAGAAGCCAAGGUGUUUGUGAAAAUGUGUAAGAGAAAAUUGCGUUGGAAACUUUUCAUUCAGUACAUGAAAUUAGUAUAUGAGACUGAGAUAUAGCAAAAGUAAUAAUGGGUGUGGAAAAUCAGAAGAAAGAAGAAGACCAAACCAAGUCCAAGGGCUGGCUAUGGUGGCUAAUCGUGCUUGUACUAGCAUCUAUGGUGUUUGCUGCUGCUGUACUCACUCUUUUGAAGAAUUUCGAACACUCCAACCCGAGUGGCCCCGGUGUACCUGAUCACCCGGGUCCUAUUGUUGCUGAGUAUGCAAAUGCUCUUGGAAUGGCAAUGCAAUUCUUCGAUAUCCAAAAAUCUGGUAAGCUUGUGGAUGACAGGGUUUGGUGGAGAGGUGAUUCAGGGCUACAAGAUGGGAUUGGGAGUGAUGGGAUGGAUUUGGAUUUAUCUAAGGGGAUGUAUGAUGCUGGUGAUCUUGUUAAGUUUGGAUUUCCUAUGGCUUUUACAGCAACAAUUUUGUCUUGGGCAAUUCUUGAAUAUGGUGAUCAAAUGAACUCUGUCAACCAAUUGGGUUAUGCUCAAGACUCUCUUAAGUGGAUCACUGAUUAUCUUAUCAAUGCUCAUCCUUCUCCCAAUGUGCUCUUCAUUCAGGUGGGUGAUCCUAGUUUGGACCACAAGUGUUGGCAAAGACCAGAAGCCAUGACAGAGAAAAGACCUACCAUACAAAUCAACACAACUUUUCAAGGAACAGAAGUUGCAGCAGAAACAGCAGCAGCAAUGGCAUCAGCUUCUCUUGUUUUCAAGAAAAUCAACUCUUCUUACUCCAACUUGCUCCUCAUACAUGCCCAGCAGCUAUUUACUUUUGCUGAUACUUAUCGGGGUUCAUACAGCGUAAGCUUUCCACAAGUGAAGGAAUUCUACAACUCAACAGGUUAUGGUGACGAGCUGUUGUGGGCUGCAGCAUGGUUAUACCAUGCAACUAGAGACGAGUCGUAUCUCAGUUAUGUAACUGAGAUAAACGGGCAAGCAUUCGCUAAUUGGGGAAGUUUGAGUUGGUUUAGUUGGGAUGAUAAGCAUGCUGGAACUCAGGUUCUCUUGUCUAGGAUCAAUUUUUUUGGUGGUAAAGAGAUGACAGUUACAGAGAAUGUUGAUCUUCAGAUGUAUAGAAAGACUGCUGAAAUUAUCAUGUGUGGACUUUUACCUGAUUCACCAACAUCUACAUCCAGCAGAACACAAAAUGGUUUAAUUUGGGUGAUAGAGUGGCAUUCUCUACAACACUCCAUGGCUUCUGCAUUUCUAGCUGUGCUUUACAGUGACUACAUGCUCACAUCCCAAACCGAAAUGCUUUACUGCGAUGGCAAAUCGUUCAAGCCAGAAGAUCUUCGGAAAUUCGCCAUGUCACAGGUGGAUUAUGUGUUGGGGCAAAAUCCCAUGGAGAUGAGCUAUGUUGUUGGAUAUGGUAGUAACUUUCCCCAAUAUGUUCACCACAGAGGAUCUUCAAUUCCAGUUGAUGCAGAAACUGGUUGUAAGGAUGGGUUUAAAUGGCUAUACUCACCAAAACCCAAUCCAAAUGAAGCUAUUGGUGCACUUGUUGGUGGACCUUUUUUCAAUGACACAUAUAAUGAUGUUAGGAACAAUUCAAUGCAAACUGAACCAAGUACUUACAACAAUGCUCUCUUUGUGGCUCUUCUCUCUGGUUUGGUUACCACUUCUUCUGUGGUUCAAUCUUUUUCAUAGAUUAACUUUUUUUCUGUUUUUUGUUUUAACUGUAAAUAUGUACUAUUGAACAUUACAUUACAACCUAUACGUUGUGUAUAAUCACACUUCAAGAAUUUAUUAGUUUAAACAAAAAUAAUGGCAAUUAAAGAAACCAGAAAUUAACAAAUAAAACAGAACCAUUCUAUGACA